UGCUGGAUUUUGAUUUAUUUUGUUGGAUAUCUCCAUCAUACAACCAUGAGGGGACAUUUCUCCAUCGAGUGGCUUGCCCAAAGUAGCCAGGCAUUAGGAAGCAUGAGACCCUCGCCUCUCCCCUCUUCCUGGUUCUCUGUUGGACCCAACAGCACCUCUGUGACCCAACCUGAGAGCCUGCCUGGGUUCUACUGCCGACCGAGACCCGAGAAUCAGGAGAACCAGGCAAGGAGAGGACAGAGGCUCAACCCAUUCAGCUAUCCCUGCCUGGCAGGCCCUGAGAUGUGUACACAUACCAAGAGGAGUAGCCCCCUCCACCACAACCACCAAGAAGUGGCUGAGACUGGCUUCAUCAGUAGAACAGAGGAGGGAACGUCAGGGUACGAGAGCGAAGGGAGGCGGCCACGUACAGCCUACAAAGCGGAGCAGAUCAACAGGCUGGAGACGGCCUUCAAGAGGAACGCCUACCUGGGCACUCAGGACAAGGCCGAGCUCUGCGAGAGACUCAACCUUACAGACAAACAGAUCCGUAACUGGUUCCAGAACAGGCGUAUGAGGAUGAAGAGGAUGGUCCAGGAUGCUCUGGCCCAAGCCUGCCAAGCUAAAGUAACAUCUCACCUGCUGCACUACACCGAGCUACAGGCCUACCGCCCAGGCCCCAACCCCACCUACCAUCCCUAUCACGCAGGAGCCGAGGGGGGCACUUCCACCCCAUACCUCCACAACCAAUACAGCUCCUCCAUGGCCGGUCCAGCACUGCCCAGCCUCCCUGCCACCCCCAUGGACUCUUUAUACCAAUACGUCAGCCUCCCCGGGCUGGUGAUGCCCACUCCAAGGUCUAACCCACUGAUGGGGGCCUACCAGCCUCACUCUCACCUGUGUUAG